AGUGUUUCAUUCCGUGGUACACAGGGUGGCUGAGUCAGCGCCGACUCGGUGUUACCUAACAACAACAUUGUUCACCAAAAGACCAAUGGACAAAUGUCCGACAACAAAUCAACAACUGGACAAUAGCUACCAACGGGCGCAUGGUGUCAACCAUUUACUUCCUAGGAAGGAGGCAGUCAAGCGAGAAGAGUUGAAAUGGUGAUGCCCCACCUUUUCAAGAGUCAGGGAAGAGAACCCCAGGGCAAGCCACAAAACCUCAUGUUCUGAUUGGAGAAAAGUGGGCAAAGCCUUUCACUUGCCCGCAGCCGCUGUGGGCAAAGCUGAUAGAAGGCCAUUCCAUCUAGUUCUGCUCCUGAGGAUAACACCCUACCCUUUCUUCAUUUAACCCGAAUUACUCCACCUUUCAAGUUACUUAAUCAAAGGGCCCGAGGGAGACUGGGUAGGAACUGUGUUUGGUGGAGCAGUUCUUCCUCUCCUUGCUAAAGCACGUAAGAACCCUCCUACAUCAUUCCGUGGCCUCACCACGGCCCACCCUCUAGAGAUGAAGAGGACAGCAGGGACCACAGGAAUCCCGCCAAAAGCCAAAAUGAAAUUUAUGGUACUUGUAGUCACUGUUGGGCUGACUCUGCUGCUAGGAGGCCAAGCCAUGCCUGCAAAUCGCCUGUCUUGCUACAGAAAGAUACUAAAAGAUGGCAAUUGUCACAACCUUCCAGAAGGAGUAGCUGACCUGACACAGAUUGAUGCAAACGUCCAGAAUCAUUUCUGGAAUGGGAAGGGAUGUGAGAUGAUCUGUUACUGCAAUUUCAGCGAAUUGCUCUGCUGCCCAAAAGAUAUCUUCUUUGGACCAAAGAUCUCUUUCGUGAUUCCUUGCAACAACCAAUGAGAAUCUUCAUGUAUUCUGGAGAACACCAUCCCUAAUUUUCCACAAACUGCACUAUACCAGUGUAAUUGCAUUUGUAAUUUCUAUCUAGUGCAAUAGAGCACAGAUUUCUAUAAAUUCUUACUUGUCCAGGACAAGUAAACCAGUGUUUAACAAGCAAUAAUAAAAGUUAAUUCAAUUUAAUUUUUUUCUCUGUGGACAUUAUUGGCACUAGUUCGAAAAUUUUGGCUGGAAAUUUUUCUUCUACAAGGUUGUUCACUACAAUCUGUAGAAUCAUUUUUUUCUCUUAGUUGAGUUGCCAGAAUCUUGGCUCAAAGGUUGAGAACACUUUGAGUUCUUGGUUGACAGUUAUUGACAAUGUAUACUUAACAGAAUUAAGUAUAAAUUGAGGUUCCUGGGAGGAAAACUAGAAGUUUUCUAGUAAGAAGAAAAAAGAGAGCCAAUGUUUGAACAUAUAUUAUGUGUGCCAAGUACCUUAAGUACGUUUUCAUUUCAACCUCUUAAAAACGACAUCAAGGUAAGUAUUCUCAGCCCCAUUUAUCAGAUGCUAACUCAAGUUUAAGACAUUUGCUAAAACAUCAAGGCAUAAUCUGAACAAAAUUCUAAUCCCAAAGCCCAUAUUCUUUCCAACAGUCCUACAUCUAAAACUGAAAAACUCUUAACUACCACACCUCAAGUUUCCUCACCCCCAUUAUAUAUGCAUUUGCACACACAUACAGCUUUGUGCUUCAAACCAUGAUACCUAUCCAUGAGUAGCAGUUUGUCUUGAGAAUAACAAAACACAUGUUAUAUUAAAAGAAAUAUAUAACAGAUGAGAAUCAAAAAGUUAACGUGAAUUUUAAAAACAAAUAAAACUGGUGCCUUUAAAGACAUUUUUGGAUUGUUAGAGGCAUCUUUGGACUAUGCCCCCAGUCUUUAAGAGGGAUGCAUUUACUCGUGGAGGUAAUUUCUGAAUAAAAUGGACUUGUCCUCUGGGAACUUGUAUUCUAACAGAAGUGUAAUAAUUACAAGCAAAUAAUUAUCUAUAAAUGUGAAGCCUGCUACAGACGAGAAGUAUAGGAUGCUAUAUAAAGUAUUGUUGUGGGGAAAAGUUGAGAAGCAGUCAACCUAGGAGAUAACACGUGUGAGUAAAAAUGACACUACUCCAUUGAAAUACAUCCUCUGAGAUCCCUGAUUCAUUUCUGAAGACCACACUCAGAACAGUAUCUGGUAUAUAUUGUUUUCAGUAUUACUAGACUCGAUCAAACAAUUUUAGGUCGUCAGAAUUCAGUUCCUCUAAAGAUAGAUACAAACACAAGUCAGAACCUGUUUAUCAAAUAGUAUGAUCUCCUACCAUGUGCGUGAGGAAGUGGAACUGUCAAAAGAUCAAAUUGCUUCAUCAACAUAGCAUGUGAUUCCACUGGAUUUUUUUUCUUCACUGAAUUGACUGGUAUUAAAAACAGAUUAACACAAUAAUACAAGUCUCAUAUCCUUUCUGGAACAGUCAAUGGAAAGGGAAAUACAGAAACCUAUCAGUUAACCUGUUUCCUUUUAUACGUCAUAUAGACUCUCCCUGAGGAAAAAUAUGUUAAAGAUUCAGUAUCUCUAUUUCAUCACCAUGAAGGCAUAUGUGAGGCAACAACGGCUUUUUAAUAAGAGUUACCUCCAGGCAAUUAAAACCUGAUGAGAAAAAUAGUACUUGAAAAAAAGCUAAUAUUUCAUAAAUGGAAAUUUAUAGAUUAUGAUGAUCACUCUUCAUCAUAUCCUAUCCUUUCUGGAAAUCAACUUUGUAAUAUGAAAUUUAAUCACAUUACCAAAAAAGUGUUUCCUAAAUUGUUAAACAUAAAAACAUGAAUGUUCACACAACUUACCUUAUGUAACCUUUUCUGUCUCUGACUUGGUAAAUAUGUUCUUAAAAGCAAAUAUUUCAUUCAAUCAUAUUAAUGAAUAGAUCCUUUAUUUUUCCAAUAUAGCUACAAGAAACGACAACUAAGCUUUUAUAAAAAAUUUACUAUGUGCCAGGCAUUGUUCUAAACACUGUUUUACUCGAACUGAAUGAGGUAGGUAUUAUCAUUCUCCCUGUUUUAUGGACAAAAAUACAAAGGUUUAGAAAGAUUAAGUAGUUUGUUUAAGGUUACAUUAUCAAUGAGAGAUUGAGUCAGGUUUUGAAUAUGGCAAGUCUUACUCUUGAAUCUAGACUCAUAACAAUUAUGUUCUUUG